AUGUUGAACAGAGCACGGAGGAUUUUUUUCAGCACAGCAAAGACCAGCAACCUCUACCUAACCAUAUCUUCGUCUAGCGAAUCAAUAUUCAGAAAUCAAGUAAUUAAAAGGGCUUCCUUUCCAGGAAUUGAAGGUUAUUUCACCAUAACAAAUAACCACAGCCCCCUAGUUACGUUAUUAAGAAAUGGAAUAAUUACUAUCGAAUUUGACGAGAAGGAAAAGAAGCAGUUUUUUAUAUCAGAUGGCAUAUUUAUAUAUAAAAAAAGUAAUGACAACAGCAACAGCAACAAUGCUGAAAUUGUGGGGGUUGAAAUUGUGCCCCUAGAAUAUUUAGACAAAAAUAAAACAGUUAAGGUUUUGCAGCAGAUGUGCGCAGUAAAUGAUGCUACCGAUGACAAAUGGAGAAAAAUGAAGACCAUGCUGGGGUAA